ACAGGUUCUGAAAAUCACAAGCCAACCCAGCUCGGUCAAUAGACAAUGAGUAUAUCAGACAUUGAGCAUCGACCUGAGAGCGUUGAGCAGAAGGCAGAACCAGUAGAGCCAGUGGAAACAGUGCCUUUAAACCCGGAUGUGCCAAAGAGAACAGUGAAGAUCGACACUAAACUCACAGGGGAAGAGCGGGCAGAACUUCUGGAAUUCUUGAGGAAUAAUCAGGAUGUAUUUGCGUGGACUACGGAAGAAAUGCCUGGCAUCCCGGCAGAAUUGACAGUCCACAAGUUCAGCACAGACCCCACCAGAAGGCCGGUGGUGCAAAAACGCCGCCUUUUUGGCCCUGAGAAGCAAGCUGCCAUUGACGAGGAGAUACAAAAGCUGUUACAGGCAGGCUUCGUCAGAAGAGUGGAAUACUCUGAAUGGGUCUCCAACCCUGUGCUCGUCAAAAAGCCAAACGGCAAAUGGAGGAUGUGUGUUGAUUUCACCAAUCUCAAUGACGCAUGUCCAAAAGACCCUCACCCGUUGCCAAACGUAGAGAAGUUAGUAGAACGGGCAGCAGGACAUGAACGGAUGAGUUUUAUUGACGCAAGCUCGGGUUACCACCAGGUCCAGUUGUUGCUAGACGACCAGGAAAAAACAGCUUUUUACGCUGGUGACGCAAUUUACUACUAUGUCAUGAUGCCGUUCGGCCUCAAAAAUGCUGGAGCAACAUACCAGAAGCUGAUGCAAAUCAUCUUCAAGCUCCAGAUCGGCAGAAACAUAGAAGUGUAUGUAGAUGACAUGAUAGUCACCAGCGUGCGAGCUGAGGAUCACAUUGGCGACCUGGAUGAAACUUUUCAAAACUUGCGCCGAGCACAAAUGAAGUUGAAUCCCUUGAAGUGCACGUUUGCUGUGGAAUCUGGGAAAUUCCUAGGGUACGUGGUAUCCAAGAAAGGAAUUGAAGUAAAUCCAGAGAAGGUGCAGGCCGUUCAGCAGAUGGAACCCCCCAAGAUAGUAAAAGAUGUACAGCGUCUGACAGGUCGGGUGGCUGCGUUGCACAGGUUUAUAGCCAGAUCGGCAGAAAGGUGCCUUCCAUUCUUCAAAGCUCUGCGGGAGCCUAAAAACUUUCAAUGGACUGAUGAGUGUCAACAGGCGUUUGACGAGCUCAAACAGUAUUUAGCAUCCGCACCCUUGCUGUCCAAGCCUGUCGAUGGAGAAUGUUUAUAUUUGUAUCUGGGGGUUACAGAAGAGGCAGUGAGUUCGGUUCUACUGAGGGAGGAGAAUAAGAAUCAGAAGCCUAUCUGCUAUGUGAGCAAAGUUUUACAGGGCGCUAAACAGAAUUAUCCACUAGCAGAGAAGGCUGCUUUUGCCCUGGUUUACACAGCUCGCAAGUUGAGAGCCUACUUCCAAUCACACCAGAUUGUUGUCUAUACCGAUUUGCCGUUGAGGAAGAUACUGCAAAAACCGGAACUCUCUGGUCGGCUUAUUGGAUGGAGCAUCGAGCUGAGUGAGUACGAUCUCAAAUUUCAGCCGCGCACAACCAUAAAAGGCCAGGCCAUUGCAGACUUUUUGGUAGAAUGCAUCUCGGCGACGGAGGGAGAAAACGCACCUGAUUACCCAGUCUGGGUUCUGUAUGUUGAUGGAGCUGCUAACAUUGAAAGGUCAGGUGCUGGAGCUGUGUUGAUAGGCCCAGAUGGUUUUAAAUCUGAGCAUGCACUGCGGUUUAAGUUCCAAACCACUAACAAUGCUGCCGAGUACGAAGCCCUCAUUUAUGGUUUGAAGCUGGCGUCCGAGCUGAAGGUACAGAGCAUACAAGUUUUCAGUGAUUCUCAGCUCGUGGUGGGCCAGGUAAAUGGUAGCUGUGAAGUUAGGGAUCCCCAGCUUGGCCGUUAUAUCUCUGUGGUCAACAGAUUGAAGUCAAGAUUUGCUUCAUUUCAGAUCGACAAAAUACCAAGAGCUGACAACCACCGAGCUGACGAACUGUCGAAGUUAGCCUCAUCGCAGGAGAUUAACCCUCAGAGAUCAACAAUUGUCGAGGUACUCGACGCACCGAGCUACACUAAUUUAACAAUCGAGUGUCAAUUGUUAAGUACAGAUCCCUCUACACCGAGCUGGACCACCCCGCUCAUAAAUUAUCUACAAAGUGGUGAGCUACCUGAAGACCAGUCCGUGGCAAAAGUGAUUAAACGCAGGGCGGCACAUUUCACUUUGUUAGAUAACCAGCUCUACAAGCGAGCAGCUUUAAUGCCCCUAUUACGCUGCCUUACUCCUUAUGAAGCUGAAUACGUGGUGAGAGAAGUUCACGAAGGAGUAUGCGGCACGCACAUAGGUGGCAAAACUUUAGCUCGGAAACUCCUGAGGCAUGGUUUUUACUGGCCCACUAUGGUCGAGGACGCGCAGAACUAUGUAAAAAAAUGUCCGACCUGCCAGUUCAAUGCUGAUGAUAUACACAUGCCAGGCGAAAUGCUAUCAUCUCUCACGUCUCCCUGGCCCUUUGCUCAAUGGGGCGUCGACCUGCUCGGCCCUUUCAUCAAAGGCAAAGGAGGCUGCACUUUCCUGGUCGUUGCAGUGGAUUACUUCACUAAGUGGAUAGAAGCUAAACCACUGUCCACGACAACAGAAAGGAAAAUAGAAGAAUUCUUGUUCAAUUCAAUAUUGUGCAGGUUCGGCAUACCUAAAAGAAUUAUCGCCGACAAUGGGCCACAGUUCCGAGCAGCCGCACUGAGAUCAUUUUGCAACGACUAUGGCAUUGAGCUCUCCUUGACGUCCGUGUAUACUCCACAGUCCAACGGACAAGCCGAGUCUGCCAAUAAAAUCGUCUUGCGAGGCCUCAAGACACGUGUUUUAGCGGCGCAUUCUAAUUGGGUUGACGAGCUCAAUAAAGUGCUUUGGUCUUGUCGCACCAUACCCAGCUCGGCCAUGGGCGAAACCCCUUUCAGCCUGGCCUAUGGAGCUGAAGCCGUCAUCCCAGUAGAGGUCGGAUUGCCAUCUGACCGAGCAGGCUGGCACGACGACCUCAACAAUGAGCAACUUUUGAGAGAGAACCUAGAUUUCGUAGAAGAGAUCAGGGAGACGUCUAGAAUAAGAAACAUGGCGCAUCAAAGUCGUGUUGCAAAAUUUUAUAAUAAGCGGGUUCGAGCUCGUCAAUUUCAGGUUGGCGAUCUGGUUCUACGCAAGGCUAGAUUAACCAGCACUUAUUCACACAUGGGCAAGCUCGCCCCUAAUUGGGAGGGCCCAUAUAUGGUGGUUCGAGUUAAGCGACCUGGUUCUUACGUGUUAACAGAUAUACACGGGUGUCAGUUACCUUACCUUUGGAACGUACAGAAUCUUAGAAAGUUUUACAGUUAACGUGUGUAAUAUUAUUUCGCUUAAGGUGUUAUGCAACAGUUGUAAGUAAAGAUAUACAGAAAAUGCAACAAAGAUUCAAAAGAAAAUUCAUUUUUGUAU